UCGUAAAUAAAAACGGUUUCCGUGCUAUGUCAGAAAAUUCUUCUGCAUUGGUUGGGGUGACGGUUCCUUCUCAGCAUUUUCCCCUUUGAAAAUUUUGCAGUCCCAAACGCUAAACCAAGAUGCACACUCUCGAUUCAUCCCAAUAUAUAUAAAUGGAUAAAAACUCACUUACAAACCAACCCACUAUCGUUUCUUUUCUAAACCAAUAAGCCAAUAUGUCCUUCUUUUCCUCUUCAAAGCCCGACUCAAACCUUGCCACUGCCAAGGCGGUCCUCUCCACGGCGGCGUCGGUGGCCGCCACUGCAAUGGUCAUCCGUUCGGUAGCCAGCGAGAUCCUCCCGCCGGAGUUCAUCUCGUACGUCAGAGAAGGCCUCCGCAGCGCGCUGUCGCGGUUCGCAUCGGAGACAACUAUGGUGAUCGAGGAGUUCGACGGUCUCGUGAGCAACCAAAUCUACGAGGCAGCGGAGACCUACCUUGGCUCCAAAAUCUCCCCCUCCACGCAGAGACUAAAGGUGACCAAACCCGAAACCGAAGACACCUUCAUCCUCACAAUGGAGCGCAACGAGUGCCUCAACGACGUGUUUAACGGCGUCAAGUUUAACUGGGUCCUGGUGUGCCGUCAAGUGGAGACACGACUCUUCCACAACCCGCGCGACAUGAACUCCACUUUGAAAUCGGAGGUUCGGUCCUUGGAACUGAGCUUCCACAAGAAGCACAAAGACAUGGUCCUCAACUCCUACCUUCCUUUCAUUCUGAGGGAGGCCAAGUCCUUGAAGCAGGAGACGAAGGCCUUGAGGCUCUUCACCGUCGAUUAUCAGUGCAUGUACGGAAACCCCAACGACGCCUGGACUGGGAUCAAUCUGGACCACCCAUCGACUUUUGACACGCUGGCUAUGGAGCGUGACCUGAAGGAGUUUGUGGUGAGGGAUUUGGAGAGGUUUGUGGCCAGGAAGGAGCAUUAUAGAAAAGUUGGGAAGGCAUGGAAGAGAGGGUACUUGCUCUAUGGACCUCCCGGUACAGGCAAAUCCAGUUUGAUUGCUGCUAUGGCUAAUUACUUGCGCUUUGAUGUCUAUGACUUGGAGCUCACCGAGUUGCGUACCAAUUCCGAUCUCAGGAGAUUGCUCAUUGCCAUGGCUAAUAGGUCCAUUCUCGUUGUUGAGGACAUUGAUUGCACUAUUGAGUUUCACGAGCGCAGAGCGGAGCCCACACCCUUUUCCUCUGCAAAUAAUAACGACAGACAGGUUACACUGUCGGGGUUGCUGAAUUUCGUUGACGGAUUAUGGUCAAGUUGUGGGGACGAGAGGAUAAUAGUGUUCACAACAAACCACAAGGAGAAGCUUGACCCUGCGUUGCUCCGCCCUGGUCGCAUGGAUGUUCAUAUUCACAUGUCCUAUUGCACUCCCUGUGGUUUUAGGCAGUUAUCUUCCAAUUACCUCGGACUAAAAGAACAUGAUCUCUUCCCACAGAUCGAGGAAGAAAUUCAGAAAACCCAGGUGACUCCAGCUGAAGUGGCAGAACAGCUUCUGAAGAGCAACGACACUGAAACUUGUCUCAAACAGCUUAUAGAUUUCCUAAGAGAAAAGAAAGAAAGACAGGAGGAGCUGGAGGCUAAAAGGAAGGAACAGGAGGCCAAAGAUAAAGAGGAACAGCAGAAGAAGGAGCUGGAUGAUGGUGGUAAAGAAGAAGGGGUUGAUAAUGACGAAAAGAAAAGUACAACCGAGUUAAACAACACUUGCUGAAGUUUUAGAUUCGGCAGGGUCAAUUAGUCACUACCAUAAAUUUUCCAUUUCGUUUAGAUCGAUCUUGGAGUAUAUAUAUAGGUUUAAAUACCUUUUUAGUUCCCAACUUAGGGUUGGAAUUUUCGUUUUGUCCCCAGUUUUAAAAAUAAAGCCCUUUAAUCA